ACCGGAUUAUUGCGUCAGCUGGUUGCCGACCAAAACAAGCGGCUGAAUGCUCUUCAAAAGCAGUUGCAGCAAUCUCUUAAACUACAGCAGACACAGCAGGAACAUUUCCAACAAGCGCUUCAACUGCUGGCUGUAAGGCAUGGGCCUGGGGCUUCGUCGUGUGGUUGUGCUUCUGGAGGUCCUUCCACCAAUUGCUGGACUGUGGCAAACGGAAAGAAAUCCAUUGCGACGCAAACGAGCAUCGUUGAAGGUCCGGAGUCAAAAACUGUGUUGUUGGGGGAACACAGAUCUGUUGGAUGUGGGACAGAAGAGCAAGGGAAACAAGUUGCUGUCGUUGAUAAUCCAUCGAAUGAGCAAUUCUACGAUAACAUUAUGGCACGUGUGGCUGAUUUUCUGCACAAGUCCGGUAUCGCUCCUGUGAAGGAUCAAAUGGUUCCUCCGGGUGAUGACUCGAAGAAAAAGAAAGCUAAAAAUAAGAAGAAGCGGAGCAAACAAGUGGAAGUUUCGCGUCAACCGGAAGACGCGGCUUUGGAAGCGACGUUAAGGAGGCUACGGGACUGUGGUGCCAGUUUUGUGGACAUGGACGAUCUUCGACGUGAAGCUGUCGCUGCUAUUCGCAAUGGGCCAGUGCACCCGGGGUAUCCCAAUGCUUUCGCCAAGCCCGAAUUUGGG